UUUGUUUUUAGAUGAAGGGAGGUCAUUGGCGCCGCCAUGUCUGAAGAUGGGUGCUCUUUCUCAAGUCAUAUUUUCUCAGCAGUCAAGUAUAGAGCUCUCGACUAUUCUUCUGAGGCUUCUACUAGUCUCAAAUUGACCAUGAACUGGCUGGCCCUGCCAAUGCCCUACCAUCUGGGUAGCAGUGACCUCUACCCCCACACUGGUAACCCCCCUGAGGUCACCUACAGGAAACCAUGGAGCAGAGGGAAUGUGAUUUCCAACUGCAAACUGUUUGUCAGUGGAUCUUUACUAGAUGACUUGGGCAUUAAAGGACAACCAACAUACUCUCUUGAGAAGUUGAGUGUUAGUCUGACCCAAAUGAGAGUGGAUCUUCUGGAGGUGAUACCGAGCUCCAACCCUAACUCGCAGCUUGACUUAGAUAGAGAUGAAGCAGCGUGGGUCCUGCGAGAGGCUAGGAAGGACAAGGGACACUUUGUCUGUAAUGAAUCCUUUAGCAAGAGCACAGGAGAGAAAAUGAGCCCAAGACAUCAGCGUGAUGAUCUUGUCAUGCCAGAGGAGGUUCUGUUUUCUGAUCACUUGCCACAGUUCAGGAAACAUCUGCCCUCCAUGAAAGCCAAGUUGUCCAGACUGAGGAAUCUGCCUGUGUCAGAUCCUCUUCUCAGCUCCACUGGAGGCACCCUGUCAGAGGAAGCUAUAUUCAGGCACUGUGUGGCCUAUGAGGUACCCCUUGAUGGAGAGACGGAAAGCUCCGAAACCUGUUCAAACACUGACGAGGACUUUAGCAAAGAGUCGUUGUUGAAUGAAGAGUCUCUGAUGUUACCUGUUGAAAUGGACACCUGCACACCCAGGAGGGAAGAUUGCCUCCCUUUUUCAAAUAUUCCUAAACUAUUGAAUGUUGUACCUGAAUUGAUAGAGGAGCGAACCUCUUGCCUGGAUAUGCUCACUAAAGCAACUCCCCCAGAUGCACUGGAGUCAGUAGACAUAUCCCAGUUUGAAGUGCCAAGGCUGCCAGUCAAUGACUCUCACUGUGAGAUUAAUGAAAUGCUGCUGGAUCUCAAGUCAUCAGAUCACUUGGUGUUGCCUACUCAGAUGGAGAUGGACCUACCCCUCACCCCCUCUACCAAGCCCAACCUGACCCAGCUCUGUCUGGCCUCCUCCCAACUCCCAGCUGAGCAGAUCUCUCCACUCUAUAGAUAUUAUUUUGUGUCUGAGAAAGAUCAGGAGGAGAUGGAAGAGGCACUUUGGAGGGCAGAGAAGCACCUUGACUUGGUAGUGGGCUUUCUUUUGGCAGAGCCUCAGAAGUCAGAAUCCGUUGUGCAGCUCCAGCCUUUGAGCGAAGUCUUAUUAGGGAUUGGUCGGGACAACUCUGUGAGACUCGAUGAAGGAAUGGAACUAUCACUUCUGGGAACAAACUCACCAGAACUGAUAGGGAUGUAUGGGAAUGGUUCCUCUGACUUCACUGAGAGUAUGAUGAUCUCAGACCAACCCCAUCUUAUGGAGACAUUGAGCAGUAUGAUAGAGGACUUCACACUACUAUCACCCUGCCAGAUGGACAAUAUAUUGAGGGAAUCUGUAGAUGACUCUGAGUUGUCAGGCCCACCAAGUGAGAUCAAAGGCAGGUCUAUCCUGAAGAAUGCAACGCCCAUGGUUGUGCCGUAUCAUCAGGAGAGAGAGGGAGCUGGGAACACAGUCGUUUCAGCACCAGCUUUUGCCACUUCCCAGGAGAGAGAGAGGACCGGGAAUGUGGCCCUCACAGCCCAAGCAUCUACUUCUUCCCAAGAGAAAGAGAGAUCUGGGACUGUGGUCUUUUCAACGCAGGCUGUUUCAACUUCUCAUGAGAAAGAGAGAGCUGGGAGUGUGGCCAUCUCAGCAGCACAGGCUACCACCACUACUUAUCUGGAGAAGUUAAACCAUGCCGUUAGACCUCAGAAGAAGGAGGGUUUACCUGACCAGAGAGCUAAUGUAUCCAAACUCCCAACCCCCAGACCCAGUGUGAGAUACCGUCACAUGAGUCUCCCAGUGGCUAAACCUCAGAAGGACUUAGACCCUCUGUCCACUUUCAUGAUGUUAAGGGCCCAACAGAGAACCUACGUCUCGGUGUCGCCUCAAAACCAUACAAGCACCCCAGUGGCACAGGUGGAGCAGCAGACACCACAGCCACCUACGACAGAAAUGAGGCCUGGCUUCGAUGUAAAGCCUGUUGCCUAUGCAGUCACAGGAAAUGACAUCAGAGACCCUGAGGAAAUCAUUCAGCCUGUCCCUGAGGACAGACAUAACAGCAAAGUCAUACACGUCCAAGCCACAGAGAGUCAGUUCUGGGCGUACAGAGAGCUGCAGGCGUUUGCUCUGCCCUGCCUGUCCAGAGCUAGGGAGUUGGGACUGACCAACACAGCCUGUGGAGACUACAGCAACCUGUACCCAGACCACACACGUUUCCUACUGAAACAGCAGGAGAAGGAGCUCAGUAUUCGACAGGGCCAGGACCCAGAGGCUUUGUUUAACUAUGUGGCACUGAUACAUGUCCUUGUGACAGUGAAGGACCUGCUCUUCAAGUGUGACCUCAGCACUGCAGUGGAGUACCUAUCCAAGGCCACAGAGGCCUGCGUGGGGCAGAGUCUGGACAAGCUGGUGAGAAAGCUGGAGAUUGUUCUGUAUCUCAGUCAGAAAAAACAAGAGCCCAACCCUAAGAUACUGGAACUGCAGGAACAGCUGACCACAUGGGUGCAGAGCAAGAGCAAAGGGGUCCAAAACUCCAAUGUUCUGGUGAUAAUAACAAUGGACUUGGACUGUGCCAGAGCUAUGCUCAUUAAAGCCCUGAGCCAAGUCACAGGUGAGACUGUAGCUGCAGUGUAUCCUGAGGAGAGUCGAAGUAAGCUGGAGGGUUCGAAAGUUCUAGAUAGCCUGCAGCGUAGCUGCUGUGUGGUGGUGUGUAGUCAGCACAUGGGAGCAGACUUCCCCUGGGAUUGUUUCUCCCUGGUGGUGGAGUACAGCAACACAGAACACUCGCCCUGGGCUACCAUCUGCACAGAGAGGAACAUCACACACAUCACCUUCCAGACCAGGAUACCUAAUGCCUCUGUGAGUGACCCUGAGUCUUGGUCCCUGGAGCAGAGUGUCCCCUUCGUGUUGUUUGUGACCGAGGGUCUGCUCAGCUGUCCUCUGUUGCUUCAGAUACUGGAAUCAACGUGUAAUAUGACUGUAUUGGAGAGGAGCCACUCUCAGUCCUUACAGAUGCUUGGAGGGACUCACCACUAUGCUGUGAUUACAGUAGACGAAAGCACUGCAGUCAUCAUUCAAGAGCAGGAGGAGCUGUGUCAGGAGCGGGCCUGUGAGAGUCUAGUGAUUCGACUGACUGCUCUGUCUCUGCAGUACAGCUGCUGCUGGCUCAUCCUUCACUGCCAGCAGGACUCUGGGUUGACCAGUGAGGGCUUCAACAACCUGGUGUUGGUCUACUCCUCUCUGGUGCUGUUUGGCCUCAAGACUGAGGACCUGGAUGUCAAGGUGCUGAUUGUAUCAGAAGUGGUGGACAUUGCCAAAUGGAUCUGCCAGAUAGCCUUCCAUACACUGCUGUCCAGUGACAGAGAUCCUCUCAGCUACCUGGACAGAGAGUGGCUUUCUGUGAUUUCCUCAAAGGAGGAGAGGUGCCUCUUAGGUUUCCCCUGUGUGAACCCUUUGGUGGCCCAGCUGAUGUUGAGUAGGGGCCCCUCUCUCCACUGGCUCCUGGGGGCCUCCCUCUCACAGCUGCAGGAGCUGCUCCCUGAGGUCCCUUACAAAGUUGUCAAGCUCUUCAGUGACACCACGUCUCUGUACAAGCUGACUGCGGCUGCCUCCUCCACAGAGUCUCACACUGACUUCACUCAUCAGAAAGACCACAAUAGCCCCACUGAGCCUUGGGCCACAAGCAGAGACAAUCAAUACACACACACCGACACUCAUACAAGCCGCGAUCAACACGCCGACUGCAACCGCCACACACACUGCGACCCAGAACCAUUCAACUCCAUCUGCUUCCUCGCUGGCUCCCCCAGUGUUGAGAGUGUAGCGGGGAGCUUCUAUGAAGAAAGCUCUGUCAUGACCAAGGAAGACGGUGCAGACUUCCAGGUGGACUUGAGUCCCUCCUUCGGCUCCCAGCAGGCCCCUUUUCAGCACACCUGGAGCCACAACCCAUGGGAGGUAGAGAAGAGCAAUGAGCUGAAGUUUGUAGGCUGGAAUAGAGGAGGAGAGGAGUGGACGGGCAGCGCACCCCUGCACCAGGAGUCCUGUGGCUCCCCCAGAAACUACGCGCCAGAAAAUAAAUUUCAGACGGGCCUCUCAUCCUCAUUCAGCUACAGCACCAACACACAGAGACCAGCGUACUCCGACAACCAGAUGUACUCGUUCUCUACAGUAGGGUACAGUGACCGGCUGCACUACCCUGAUGUCAGCCACUACCCCAGCCUGGCCUCGCCUAGAGGAGCUCUGGCAUGGGGGGGCAGUAGCAGUGGCAGCCCCUACAGCACUGCCCUGGGGAGGGGAGACAUGAGUGUGUCACCUGACUAUGGGACCAGUUACAGAACGGGGAUGGAGAGGAAGAGGAGAGCAGAAGGCCCAGAGAUGGCUGGCACAGUUUUAACGCCAUUGAAGAGGGGAAAGCUCAGUUAUGAGAAGGUGCCAGGCCGAAGUGAUGGACAGACAAGACUAAGACAGAAUGGAACACCCAACGGGAAACACAGUGGUCUGCGGCUGGAAACAUCACUCUUGAGUUGAACACCACAAUGCAGCAGACUGGAGGAGAGGCUCAACGACCGCACACGUCACACAAUAGGGGCUCG